CCAAGUUCUGCAGCUCAGAUUUACUAUGAGCAGCUGGCCAUCAAUAUGGUUCACAAAUCCAAAUUCAAGAUUCAGCUACCUGAGACAGACCUGCUCAGCUACCUAUUUGGAACCUCAACCUCAACUCGACAAGGGAAAGAAAUUCCCGAUCAACCAAUAUGGCUUGAUGCAGGUAAUCCUUCUCGUUCGAUAUCAAAGCGAGAUGCCUUGGCAUACAUUGAACGGUUUGCCCUGGGUCUGGAACGAUUGGGUAUUCGUCAAGGGGAUGUAGUGUUGAUGUUCACACCAAACCAUAUCUUCGUUCCCAUCGCAUACCUUGGCACCAUUGCCCAUGGGGCUACCUUUACAGGUGCUGGCACGACAGCAACAGUCUCUGACCUCGCAUAUCAAAUCUCCCAUACCGAAGCCAAGCUGGUUCUAUAUCAUCCGGAGUAUUCAUCCGUUGCAAAAGCAGCAGCAAAAUCUGCAGGACUGCCUGAAAGUUCUCUUUACUGGUUCUCAGACUCAAACAAUGUCUCGAAUGAGCCUCAAGGCUGGCAAUCUAUCCUUGUGCCUACAGACGAAGCAUCCAAACAUCCGCUUCGUUCUUUUGACCAUUCCAAGGUGCACAAGCAACCAGCGGUGAUAAACUUUUCUUCUGGCACAACGGGACGACCGAAAGGGGUAUGCGUCUCUCAGGCUAAUCUUAUAGCCAACGUCGAACAAGGAAUCUUCAUCAACAGUCGAGGACAAGGUGCAAGUUACAUUGGGAAAGAGCCGCAGCGGUGGCUUGGCUUCCUCCCUUUAUAUCAUGCGUAUGGGCAACUUUUCAGCAUCGUCAUGGCUUGCAAACUCGGUGUUCCGGUGUUUAUAAUGAGUCAUUUCCACCUCAAAACUUUCCUCCAGUGUAUACAGGACCACAAAAUUACACAUCUCCAGACGGCACCACCUCUACUAGUCAUGCUCAGCAAGCGGCCCGAGGUAGCUUCAUAUGAUCUAAGCAGUCUCAAGGAUAUUAUCUGUGGCGCCGCGCCACUGUCACGCGAGCUCCAGAAUGAAAUCUCCACCCGGUUCAAUGUCCUCAUCAGACAGACAUGGGGUGGUACAGAACUGACAUGUUCAGCAACCACAACACCUGGGUCAAUGAGCGAUGAUAGUGGUAGCACUGGCGUUCUUCUCCCAAAUAUGGAGUGCAAAAUCAUCGGCGAUGAUGGUAAUGAAGUUGGGGUAGGCGAACGGGGCGAAGCCUACCUGAAAGGGCCAAACGUUUGCCUUGGCUAUCUCAAAAACGAAGAGGCAACAAACAACGCUAUCAUCGAUGGAUUCUACAGAACUGGCGAUGUUGUAGUCUGUGACGAUCGAGGGAUGUUCUACGUUGUCGACCGAAUGAAAGAAAUCCUCAAAGUCAAUGGCUUUCAAGUUGCUCCUGCAGAAUUGGAAGCCCUACUCCUUGAUCAUGAGGCAAUUGCAGAUGCUGGAGUUAUUGGAGUACCUCGAUCUGAGGGUGAGGUACCACUGGCAUAUGUAGUGCUAAAGUCUCCGUUCGUUGGCCGUCUCAGCAACACUGACAUCCAGCACUGGCUCUCCAGCCGUGUGGCCAAGUACAAGCGACUUGAGGGCGGCGUAAUUUUCAUCGACCGUAUACCCAAAAGUCCUACGGGGAAAAUUCAGCGAAAAGAGCUUAGAGAAAUGUAUCGUAUCCAGGCAGUUGCAAGUGGCCCGCGUCUAUGAGGAUGGGGAAUGGAAGUGGCCACAAUGAGGUCGUGUUUCGCAAUAUCUAAGACAUAGUAGAUCAUCUAUAAUUCAAAUC